UAGUGCACUAGUUGCACCAACUUCACAUAGCGCAGAUGUCUGAGCUACAGCAGCUGCAGCGGAGCCUCCGCGUCAACGGAGUGACUGAGUGAGUGAGAGAGAGAGAGCGCGUGCGAGAGAGAGGGAGGGAUUGUGUGUGUGUCUUCAGUUUGCAGCGGUCCUCAGGCUGCACAGACGAUCUUUGGGACGCACGAUGCCUUCCCCGAUCCCCGUGACCCGCUUGCUGCCCAAAGACAUCUACCCCUCACUGGACAUCGGGACUUGUAGCAGCCCGUUGACCAAAAACUCCACCGACACCACCUUACAAGUCCCUGUCCAGCGGCUCCACGGCAGAGUGGCCAGCCGGUUCUGGUCCACCGUGAUCCACUGGAAGGAGCUGCGCUGCGUGCAACCUGUGGGCUCCGGGGGCUUCGGCUCCGUUUACAGGGCAGAGUACCUCGGCAGGACUGUCGCGCUGAAGAAAGUCAAGAAGUGCACUAAGAACAAGCUGGCGUCCAGGCAGAGCUUCUGGGCCGAGCUGAACGCAGCCCACCUGCGCCACGCAAACAUCGUGCGCGUCAUCGCGGCGACCACCUGCGUGCCGUCGGAUUUUGGAGAUGAAAGCAGCAUUGGAACGAUACUGAUGGAGUUUGUCGGGGACAGAAAUUUGCAGCAGAUCAUUUACGGCUGUGCGGAGCCGCUGGGGGGGGACCGAUGGCUCCGGUACUCCACAGACAUUGUACACGGCCUGCGGUUCCUCCACUCACACAGCGUGGUGCAUCUCGACAUCAAACCAGCCAACGUGUUGGUGUCCAGUGAAGACGUUUGCAAAAUAGCAGAUUUCGGCUGUUCUCUGAAAAUGGAACGUGACUGUGAGGUGAGCACUCUCAGCCCUAAGCUGAGCCACGUCGGCGGCACAUACACGCACCGAGCUCCAGAGCUGCUAAGGGGCGAGGGGCUGUCUCCUAAAGCGGAUAUCUUCUCUUUUGGGAUCACCCUGUGGCAGCUGAUCACCAGAGAGCAGCCCUACACCGGCGACAGGCAGCACGUGCUUUACGCGGUUGUGGCGCACAACCUGCGGCCGUCCGUCGAAAGACAUCCGGUGUUUGGGUCUGAGCAGGGGCGGCUGUGCAGGAGUCUGCUGAGCCGGUGCUGGAGCGCCGAGGGCCGCUGCAGACCCACCGCCCAGGAGCUGCUGCCUAUGCUGGACCAGCUGCGCUCCCUUUUAUGACUCCUGGUGUGGCUGCAGAACAUGUCUACUGACAGCCAUGCACAGGUCAGCUUCACAGGACCGAGCUGUGGACUCGCCGUAUUCUUCUGCUCACUUUCAAAUGCCAUAUCUGAUUUAAGAAAGCAAGUAAUUCCACGUUUUUUUUUUUUUUAUCAGUGAAAAGAGAAUGUGUGGCCAACAAAUAGGGUUGUAAUAUUUACAUGACAAAUCACUUAUUGUAGUAAAAUCAGCUUUGAAAUAUUUACUUUGGCAUUACUUUGCCUGGAUUGAUACAGUUUUGGUUGCACAAUAGUCUCAAACCAGAUUUGUUGUUUGUUGCACAGAGCGCUGGUAAUUCUCUACUGAAGGGGCUCUGUAGGAUUCAGCAUAGACACUGUUGUCUCAGCACUAUGAGGCCUCAGUGUGCUGACAAGAAAGGCAUCUAUAAUAUAUUGAAUUUGGAGCAAAGUCCUCUUCUCUGACAGUGUCUUGAGAGAAGAGUGAGCACUUUAAAUAUUAAGGAAACCAACACUGACUCCUGGAGGUCCACAUCUAAAUUUGUUUAAAUCUAGUUCAUUAUUCUAACUCAAUGGCAGAAGUCCUUCACUUGUUUAUAGAAAAUAGAUGUCUUUAAAACCAUACACUACAUGCACUGUUGAUUCAGAUGUGCACUUUGCCAGCACCUUUCAGUGGUUCAAAUGUAUUCAGUGUGCACAGUAAAGCCAUCCCUCCAACCCUCCAUACUAAGUCACUGGCUUUGUUUUAGCAAUUUCUCUUAACUAUGGAAUCAAUAUACUGUGAUUUGGGUUUUAUUUAAUGAGAUUGUAAUGUGGGAUUUAAGUUUGAUAGGUUUUCAUUAAAAUUAUUUUUAUGCUAUA